AUGAUAUCUCAGAGUAGGUCUGAUCCAACAGUAAAAGUAUCAUCGACAAUACAAUCGAUAUAUCCGAAUGAAAAACGGAAUACUAGUGAUGAUGUCAACACACACAAAAGAACUUUUGGGCAAUUAGCUGAGGUCGAAAAUGCAACAGGCCAUAGUCAGAGUAGAGAGUCAGAUACUUCCAUUCUAGAGAAACAAAAACAAUCAAGAUUUAAAUUGUAUGAGACGCCAAAAAGUCAAUUCGAAAACAGUUUAGCAAAGAACGGCAUAUCUAAUGAAGAAGAGCCACUUAAACAAAUAACAGCGAGGAAAGAAUUAAUUCAAUCACCCGAAAAUGAAGGAAGAUACAAUAAUGCACAGAAAACAAAAGCUCCGUUAUCGGAACUUGAACAAAGUCAGUUGUUAGCAGAGCAAGUUAAUGCUAUGACGCCUUCGCAUGCGAAUAUGGAUUGUGAAAGGGUUACUGAUCAGACGGAUCUAGUCGAUGCCAUGAACAGAAGAUCCGAAGCUGUUGAAUCAAGAGUAGAGUCUGAGAUCGAUAGAAAACAGGAUGAAGAAUGUCUGAUCACAGUAGAACGUUUAAUUAACAUGUGGAAUGAUUCUAGUCAAUUACCGUCAUGUUCUGAGAAAUAUAUUAUUAGUCUAUUAUUUUAUGUUUCGGUUAAAUUAGCAGAUAAGGAGAAAAUUUUGCGCUCUAAUGUCAAAAUGCCAAAUGAAAUUGAAGAGAAAAUUAUGAAAGAAUUUGAUAAUUUGAAGGAAAGGCUGAAAACAGAAGAAUUGCAAUCGGGAUUUGUUGAAAACAUAAUCGAAAGAUGCAGUGUCUAUUUAAAAGAUAAAAGUUGGAACAAUGCUUUGAUUGAUUUGAGAAAAUUAUUGAAGGAAGUGCGUCCAUUAGAUACACAAGAAUUGAUAAGACUUGUUGCGAAAGCCAAUGAUGCAGCAAAGUUAAUCAAGGGAAAAGAGAUUAUCCUUCUUUUGGCGGGAACUGGAGCAGGCAAAUCUACAACUAUACAUUUUCUUGGUGGAUCUACAAUGGCUGAAACAAUAGUGCAAAGAAUGUACUAUAUUGCUCCAAUUACAAUAAAAAACCCUGAUCUUCAAAAGAUUACAACGACACCAUUUGUGAAAUCUGGAACUCGAUACAUUUCUCCUGUGACGAUAAAUUUUAAAGAUAUUGGUGGAAGUAGUAGUGAUAGUGUUAUUCUAUGUAAUACUCCAGGAUUCGAAGAUACCAGCGGUCCAGAAGUAGAUAUUGCAAAUGGGAUCGGUAUAGUUAAAGCAAUACGAACAUGUAAAAGUGUAAGGCCAGUUGUUUUGAUUAGUUACAGGAGCAUUGGUGAUAGAUGCACUGGUGUGAAGGAUCUAGCUCAUAUGUUAGUAGGAUUGAUUCCAGGAAUUAAAGAUAAUAUAAAAACUUUUUCCUAUUUAUUUACCAAAUUCCCUAAAAAAGAAAGAUCUCCAAUAAAUGCAUUAUUGAAUAAUAUCAGUGACAAGGGGGAAACAGCGGACUUCAAGACUUCAAGACUUCAAAAGACUUCAACAGACUUCAACAGACUUCAGCCGCUGUGACUUCAUAUUUUCACAAGACUUCAGAAGACUUCUAAAGACUU